CGGCGCUGGGGCAUGUGCGCAGGCGCGAGAUUCGCCGCUCGCCCUAAGCUGGAGGGAGGGGGCGGCGGCGAGAGAGCGCGAGAGGUGAGAGGGCGCGAGCGAGACCCCGGCGCUUGGCGCCCCAGGCCCCUGCCCCGCCUCCGCGCGCCCGGCAGCCGCUCGUGCGCCGCCUGUGGCCCCGGCGCGCGCCGGGCCGCGCCCUUCGCCCUCUCCUCUUCCUGGGCGGGCGGCGCGGAGCGGCCUGAGGGGCGGCGCCUUCUGCGGCCGCCCCGGCGGGGGGAUGUGAGGGCCGGCCCGCGGCCAUGGAGACGGGCCCGGCGCCCCUGGUGGCCCCGCCGCGCCGUCAUGGCGCCCCCGCGGCCCCCUCGCCUCCACCUCGCGGCUCCCGGGCUGGGCCCGUCGUGGUGGUGGCUUCGGGGCCGCCAGUGACCACGGCCACUUCGGCCCCGGUCACCCUCGUGGCCCCCGGGGAGGCGCAGCCCGCCUGGGUACCGGAAUCGACCCAGACCUCGGACCCGGCCCCAGCCCCUGCCCCGACGGUUACAGGCAGCACGGUGGUGAUGCUGACUCUGGAGGCCUCACACGAAGCCCCGAGGGCGCCGGUCUCCCCCGGCCCGGAGCCCCUCGUGCCCGCGGCAAUGGCAGGAGCCGAGAGGUCGAUGGCUCUGGCCCCAGAGGCAGACUCUCCGAAGACGAGGGAGGCUAGAACCUCACCCGCCUCUGGACCAGGUACCCCCACCGGGACUCCCACCAGGACCCUUUCCAGAACGACUCCUGGGGCCCUCUCCGCCAAACCCCCGCUUGCCCCCAAGCCGGGAACCACAGUGGCCUCAGGAAUGACUGCACGUGUUGCAGCAGUGACAACAGGACAGGUGACAAGUGGACAUGGAGCUGCAGCAACCACAUCAGCAUCAACAGAACAGGCUCCAGAGGACCCCUCGGGGCCUGGUACAGGCCCUCCAGGGACAUGUGAGCCUCUGGUGGCGGUCGUGACGGUGACCCCCGCCCAGGAGCCUGCUGAAAACUCUCAGGACUUAGGCUCCACGUCCAGCCUAGGACCGGGCAUCUCUGGGCCUCGAGGGCAGGCCCCGGACACUCUGAGCUACUUGGACUCCGUGAGCCUCAUGUCUGGGACCUUGGAGUCCUUGGCGGAUGAUGUGAGCUCCAUGGGCUCAGACUCGGAGAUAAAUGGGCUGGCCCUGCGCAAGACUGACAAGUAUGGCUUCCUUGGGGGCAGCCAGUAUUCAGGCAGCCUAGAGAGCUCCAUUCCUGUGGAUGUGGCUCGGCAGCGGGAGCUCAAGUGGCUGGAGAUGUUCAGUAACUGGGAUAAGUGGCUGUCACGGCGUUUCCAGAAGGUGAAGCUGCGCUGCCGGAAGGGGAUCCCCUCCUCCCUCAGAGCCAAGGCCUGGCAGUACCUGUCCAAUAGCAAGGAACUUCUGGAGCAAAACCCGGGCAAGUUUGAGGAGCUGGAACGGGCUCCGGGGGACCCCAAGUGGCUGGAUGUGAUUGAGAAGGACCUGCACCGCCAGUUCCCUUUCCAUGAGAUGUUUGCUGCUCGAGGAGGGCAUGGGCAACAGGACCUGUAUCGAAUCCUGAAGGCCUACACUAUCUACCGGCCUGACGAGGGCUACUGCCAGGCCCAGGCCCCAGUGGCUGCAGUGCUGCUCAUGCACAUGCCUGCUGAGCAAGCCUUUUGGUGCCUGGUGCAAAUCUGCGACAAGUACCUCCCCGGUUACUACAGUGCAGGGCUGGAGGCCAUUCAGCUGGAUGGAGAGAUCUUUUUUGCACUGUUGCGCCGGGCCUCCCCACUAGCACAUCGGCACCUGCGGCGGCAACGCAUUGACCCCGUGCUCUACAUGACAGAAUGGUUCAUGUGCAUCUUUGCCCGCACCCUGCCCUGGGCUUCAGUGCUGCGUGUCUGGGAUAUGUUCUUCUGUGAAGGCGUCAAGAUCAUCUUCCGGGUGGCCCUGGUGCUGCUGCGGCACACGCUGGGCUCAGUGGAGAAGCUGCGCUCCUGCCAAGGCAUGUAUGAAACCAUGGAGCAGCUGCGCAACCUGCCCCAACAGUGCAUGCAGGAGGACUUCCUGGUGCAUGAGGUGACCAACCUCCCAGUGACAGAAGCACUGAUUGAGCGAGAGAAUGCAGCCCAGCUCAAGAAGUGGCGGGAGACCCGAGGGGAGCUGCAAUAUCGACCCUCACGGCGACUACAUGGCUCCCGGGCCAUCCAUGAGGAGCGCCGGAGGCAGCAGCCACCCCUUGGCCCCUCCUCCAGCCUCCUUAGCCUCCCUGGUCUCAAGAGCCGUGGCUCCCGGGCAGCUGGAGGGGCCCCCUCCCCACCUCCUCCUGCCCGCAGGGCCAGUGCUGGGCCUGCCCCAGGGCCUGUGGUCACUGCUGAGGGACUGCAUCCAUCCCUUCCUUCGCCUACUGGCAAUAGCACCCCACUGGGUCCCAGCAAGGAGACUCGGAGGCAGGAGAAGGAGCGGCAGAAACAGGAAAAGGAACGUGAGAAGGAGCGGCAGAAACAGGAGAAAGAGCGGGAGAAACAGGAGAAGGAGCGGCAGAAGCAGGAGAAGGAGCGGCAGAAGCAAGAGAAGGAGCGACAGAAGCAAGAGAAGAAGGCCCAAGGCAGGAAGCUUUCGCUGCGUCGAAAGGCAGAUGGGUCCCCCGCCCCCCAGGAUGGUGGGGACAGGUCCUUGGCAUCUGAGGCCCGGCAGGAUGCUUACUUCUGACCUCUGCCCUGGGGCUGGACUGCAUGGCCCCCUUCCUCCCUCAGCCAAGAGCAGGCCUGGCCUGGGGUGCUGCCUUCAGCUCCCUUGCCAUGCUGUCCGCCUUUUUGAGGGGAGUGGCUUGAUUCCCCAUCUCCUUGCCAGCUGCUGAUCCCUGCACAGCCAGGACAGUUGGAGUGCAUGGGGCAGCUGCAUUUCCCUGGGGCAGCCGUGAACAAGUCUAGAGCCCCUCACCUCCAGUUAGGCCCAGCUUGGGUCUCUGUCACUCCUGCCCCAAUUCCCUCUGGGGUCCCUUCCCAGGUGCUGUCCUGAUUGGCCUUUUGUCACUACAGGGUGACUCUUGGCUAUGGGUGUCAGCAGUUUUCAGAUUCUCACACUCCAGUUUGCUCCUCUUACCCAUGAAGUGGAGCUGGGUUCCUUUUUCCCUUCAGUCCUGCCUGUCUCCCCCACUUCCUGGCUGGGGGCUAAGGCUCUCCUCGCUCUAUUUCUUGACAUCUCUGUGUUAUAAUGAUAUACAGAGGACCUGGUUGGCCCAGGGUGGGGGUGCUCAUUUUAUCUUCUGUCCUUUGGUUCUCCUGCAGUGUUCUUGCACUCUGGUUUAUUUAAGGAGGGACAUGCACUGGAACAGGAAAUGUCCCUCACUUCCCACCCACCACCCUCCUUGCUCUCCUUCCUCUUCACCUACCUUCCUCUGUAUUCUCAGGCCUCCCCUGCUUUGUCUCACCAGGGUCCUCACCUUUCACCUAUUCCCUUCCAACCCUCCAGCCUCUUAUCUGGGUAAGGGGCCUGAGCUCCAGGGGGUGGAACCCAAUGUUUACAUUCUCUUCUGUCUCUGCCCCCACCCUGUGUGGCGCUUUGAGGAACCAGAAAAGAACCUGCUGUUGUACCUGG